AUGCUCUCCAAGCUGCGCCAUGAUAAGAUUGUGCAGCUCCUGCUAGAGAGGAGAGCUGAGGUCAACGCUCAUCAUAGGCGGUAUGGAAAUGCUCUCCAAGCUGCGUCUUUGAGAGGCCACGAUAAGAUUGUACAGCUCCUGCUAGAGAGGAGGGCUGAGGUCAACGCUCAAGGUGGAGAUUAUAGAAAUGCCCUAUACGCUGCGUCUUUGGAAGGACACGAUAAGAUUGUGCAGCUCCUGCUGGAGAGGGGAGCUGAGGUCAAUACCCAAGGUGGGCGGUAUGGAAAUGCUCUCCAAGCUGCGUCUUUGAGAGGCCACAAUAAGAUUGUGCAGCUCCUGCUAGAGAGGGGAGCUGAGGUCAACGCUCAUCAUAGGCGGUAUGGAAAUGCUCUCCAAGCUGCAUCUUUGAGAGGCUACGAUAAGAUUGUACAGCUCCUGCUAGAGAGAGGGGCUGAGGUCAACGCUCAAGGUGGAGACUAUGGAAAUGCCCUAUACGCUGCGUCUUUUCAAGGACACGAUAAGAUUGUGCAGCUCCUGCUAGAGAGGGGAGCUGAGGUCAACGCUCAAGAUAGGCGGUCUGGAAAUGCCCUAUACGCUGCGUCUUUGGAAGGACACGAUAAGAUUGUGCAGCUCCUGCUGGAUAGGGGAGCUAGAGAGGGGGGGCUGAGGUCAACGCUCAAGGUGGGGACAUCGGCUUGA